AUGGCUAGCUUGAGUGAUCAAGCAUUCCGGCAAUAUUUUACAGUGCCUCAGCCUGACACUCUUACACAAUACAUCCCCGAAACUGCACGGAAGGAGUUCAGCAAGAAAAUGAAGAAAAAGAAUAAGGUUAAAGGUAUACUUCAGGGAGGAGGGUAUACCAGUACGAAUAUCAGCGAAAUUGGUGAUCUCAAUGGUGUUGAAACACAUGUGCCUAAAGUGGACAUUAUACCUGAGCCUGAGGCUGAAACUGUGCCGGCGGAAGAGAGCUUCCCAGAGGAAGAGGCUCCACCAGAGGAAAAGGCUCCACCAGAGGAAAAGGCUCCACCAGAGGAAGAGGCUCCACCAGAGGAAAAGGCUCCACCAGAGGCAGAUGAUGUACCAGAGGUAGAGGCUGUACCAGAGGAAGACGUUGUAUCUCAAGAACAACAGCACUUUGGAUAUGGAUAUGACUAUACAAUGAGGCAGAACAAUGAAGUAGCGGAAAGUACAGUCACCGUCGAACAAGAAGUAACACCAUCGCCGCUUUAUCUUCCUUUCAGUGCCCAGCAUAGACUCAUGGUCCAUCUUCAGCACAAGCUGGAGGCAAUCUGCUUCUCUUUCGGCCAGAAACACAUGCCGGAGAAGCUUCAAGAAGCAGGUUGGGACUGUCCUGAAGCAGUGGAGCUGAAUGCAUGGACAAAUGAGUUUCGUUUCUCACGCCCUUUCAGAGAACAUGUACCGAAGAAGCGCCGAAUCGCGUUACUCAAUCAAGUUUCCAAUAUUCGCAACUAUGCUGUUAGUCGCACUCGGAUCGACUCGGCCGAGCUGGAAAAGGUACUGGACUCUGCUGCCAAGUUGGCUAUGUAUCUCGGGGAAGAUAGAUCCCUGUUCGAGAAACUUCAAGAGGAAGUUGUCAACACUAACAACUGGCUUGGCGAGGAAACAGAUCAACUCCAGAAAAAGCUAGAUGCGAAACUCGAGGUUAUCGCAGCUGCUCGUGCCAAGGUCGAUGCCCUAGAGGAAAGUACGAGAGUAGCUUUCGACAAAGGAUUGCUGAAGCGUCAGAACGCGGCGCACGCCAAGGUUUUGAUGGCGAUUGAGAGGGCUGAGGUGGAUCAGCCGGUAGCGGUUACAGACUGCUCUGUGGCACCCUCGAGCCUUGACUGGGUGAAUGGUUUGGAGAAUAGUCUGAUGCUAGGGGACGAUAUCCAAGAAGAGAGCUGGACUUGA